CCACCCAGCAGUGUGUGUGAGGAAGGUAUCUGUACCACAUUUAUGUAUAGAGAUUAAAUAUAUAUGUAACUACACCAAGAAAGCCAUGUCUUCUGUCUGUGACAAGCACAGCAAAAGUGCCAUAGCUGUCUGUACGGCGCACAAAGUGUUGCUGUGUACAUCAUGUCUGAUACAAAACACACACCCCGAAACCGACUGUGUGCGGCACGAGCUUGAAGACCUUGCUGACCAAAAAGACCUUGCCCUAGUUCAAAGUCUGAAUACUCUUAAAGCUAUUCGUGACACCAAGAGUAACGCCCUGAACACCAAACAGUCAAUUUUGAAGGAAAAGGAAGCGUUGCUGCAGCGUGUUAAAGUAUUUAGGGAUGAUAUGGACAGUAAGAUUGAUGGCAUGUUUAAUAAGACGACUAAGAUAAUAGAAAAUCUUGCUAGAGACCUUGAUAAAAAGUAUGAGCAUGCUGCCGAUGAAAUUGACAACAUUUUGUCCAAGUAUGAGAAAGAUGUUGCUGAAUUUGAUGAAAACACUGUCCAUGAAAUGGAACAGAAAUCCGCAGCGGCUAAAGACUGCUUGAAGAAGUUUGAGCUCGACGAUAAACUAAUGUGUGAUUUCACACCAAAUGGAAAGCUUAUAGAUGCCAUUCGAUAUACCGUUCUGGGUACAGUAGUGUUUGUGGAGCAGCGGCACUUCGUUGACACGGCAAUGAAAAGUCCGUCAAUAGAAGAAACGAACAAGGAAUCAGAUGGAGUGACCAGACGACCGAAAUCAUUUAUUUACGUCGAGGAUGAGUCAAAGCUUAAACUAAAAGCGUCACCAAAGUCAAAGAGGCGAUCUUUGGGUGCUACAAUUGAAAAGAAAUUAGCAGCGCACACCGAUGGUAAAGCAAGCGUACGGAGAUUGUUGGAGCGUUUUGGAAUACGUGAAAAGAAAUCAAAAGAUGCAGGACAAAUUCCGGAAGGUGCCGCUGGCGCUGAAAUAAAGGGAGAAGUUUUUACUGAAGUUAGCUUCAACUCCGAACAGGACGUUCAAGAUCGUAAAAACACUACGAUAUCCAUUUCAAGCGACUCCCUCACUGGACUAUGUAGGUUCACGUCCAUUUCACUUUUAGCAUCAGAGAUAUGCCUGCUAGACGACAAAAGUUCGUCACUUAUCGUUUGUGACACGAGUGGAACCGUAACCGAAAUUCUGAAGAAGAACAAGAUGCUGAAAAUGAUCAAGGUCGAUAAAGAUACUGUUGCAGUUCUCAGCCGAGACCAAAGCAGCCAGUACAAGGUUUCAGAAUACAUUGUCGCAGAAGAUGGAAUUAAAACGAAAUGUUUAUUUACAGCUAAAGAAGAAAUGGGCGAGGUGUUUGGUUUUGACUUCGAUCAUGCGUCUGAAAAAUAUGCACUAGCCAGCCAAAAUGGAAUAUUUGUCUACACAGCAGAAUGCCAAUUAGACAAAAAACACGAUCACGUAAAUCUGUUGCGUUUACUUAAAACAAAAGAUGCUGGACAACUCAAUGCAGUGUUCAGCUUUCAUACCGAAGACGUCUAUAUUAUUGACGCCGAAGAAAAGUCCUGGACAUGCUUCUCGAUAAAAACAAACCAGGUGACGUGGACAAUGCAGAACAACAACAUCCACCCACAUUCCUUCCUGUUGAGAAAAGACAGCCUUUUCCUAGCACACGGUCACUCCCUGGUUCCAGUUGACGUCAAAUCUGGGGUUCUGACAGAGACGGCUACGGUUGAAAGCUCAGUGGACAUAUUAAGUGCUAUUAUUGCUGAAGAUUCCGAUGUGGCAAUAGUUACUGCAAGUUCUGUUGAUCCGAAAGAGUCGAAGAUAAUUACAUUCCUAGGACUGUAAAGUGACGCAAGAGAACGUUUGUCAACAACUUGAGCUAGCAUAGUUAGGCAAAAACAAAAACAAAAUGUUUGUUUCACGACCUCCCCAAAAUAGGGUAGGUUGAUCUGGUUUUAAAAAUAUUGAUUGAGCUGCACGUCAUAAUAUAAUGCUUACACUAAGAACUGUCGCCAUUUUGUCAGUGUCAAUGGAAAUUAGACGUUCUAUAUAUAAAAAACUACAUUCAUACAUCCAGCAUGCUUAAAAACUACUGAAAUGAAAAACCCUAAAGGAUAUAACAUUAACGGUCAGAGAAACUGUAUCCUGUGGGAAUGAAAAGAUCGGGUGCUAUAUUUAAGUUCGGUCGGGAAGUCGGAAUCAAACACAAUUGUUACACAUUCUUAAAUCAAUCUUAACGUUUCAACGGACGUGAUACGGAUGUAAAACGUCUACGGGAUGACGUCAUUCCAACGAAGCAGGGAUAUGUUUAAACGCAUGGAACGUCUACGGGAUGACGUUAUUCCAAUGAAGAAGAAAUAUUUAUAAACAAAUGAAACGUGUACGGGAUGACGUCAUUCCAAUGAGGAAGAUUUUUUUUUAACCUAAUGGAACGUCUACGGGAUGACGUCAUUCCAAUGAAGCAGAAAUAUGUUUAAACACAUGGAACGUCUACGGCAUGAC